AUGCUCUUGUUUGCUGUCGCAUGGCAGAUACGACCGAAGAUCAUACAACGGCCAAUAUACUCGGGCAACAACUGGAAAGAGGAGAAGCUUCUUACAGACAAUGCGAUCAAUCCAGACACCACUGAAGCAGUGAGUUUCAUCAGGUGCCAAUUUCCUUCCAGUCGUCAUGCGUCCAUUUGCUAUGUUUCCGCUAGGCGUCUUUUUGAGAUGUUUGGUGUAGAACCGAAAAGAUAA